CACAGCAUCCAAAUCGGCUUCAAGUGCUGAGGCUGCUGCCGAAGCCGCUUCUCAAUCCAGCUCAGAAUCUGAUUCGGCAAGCAAUGCGGCUUCAAGUGCUCAGGCUGCCUCCCAAGCCGCUUCUCAAUCCAGCUCAGCAUCCAAAUCGGCUUCAAGUGCUCAGGCCGCCGCCCUAGCCGCGUCUCAUGCCAGCUCAGCAUCCAAAUCAGGAAUUCACGGACACUUAUCUGCGAUUGCUAAUGCCGCUGCUGCAGCUGCUGCUAAAGCCAAGGCUGGAUCCAAAACACUUGGAGACGUGGCACCACACCAUCUACCAGACUGCAAAGUUAUACGAUGCGCACCCAAUCACCGAUGCAUCAAUGGUAUCGGAUGUGUUCCUGUCUAUGCAUCCCCUUAUCCUAUUACUUCAAGAUGUGCUAUAGUCCGCUGUCGAGAAGGAUACGUGUGCAAUGACCAUAUUGGUAGAUGUGUCCCAGUUACUCCACAUCCCGAAAUACCAAAUUGUGCUGCUGUUUCGUGUUUACCAGGCAGCCAGUGUGACCAGAGAACUGGUCGCUGUGGUCCAAUAAGACAUAUUCCACAUCCUAUUCAUCCCCAUGGUCCUGGACCGGUUAUAAAUCCAGGAGGUCCAAUCAUAAGACCUGGAUCAGGGUCCAAGUCAUUAUCGAGUGCUAGUGCUGCAGCCCAAGCCGCAGCCGCUGCACUGUCAAAGAGCGUUGGCAAGGGAGGAUCCAAGUCAUUAUCGAGUGCUAGUGCUGCAUCCCAAGCCGCCGCUGCUGCACUGUCAAAGAGCGUUGGCAAGGGAGGAUCCAAGUCAUUAUCGAGUGCUAGUGCUGCAUCCCAAGCCGCCGCUGCUGCACUGUCAAAGAGCGUUGGCAAGGGAGGAUCCAAGUCAUUAUCGAGUGCUAGUGCUGCAUCCCAAGCCGCCGCUGCUGCACUGUCAAAGAGCGUUGGCAAGGGAGGAUCCAAGUCAUUAUCGAGUGCUAGUGCUGCAUCCCAAGCCGCCGCUGCUGCACUGUCAAAGAGCGUUGGCAAGGGAGGAUCCAAGUCAUUAUCGAGUGCUAGUGCUGCAUCCCAAGCCGCAGCCGCUGCACUGUCAAAGAGCGCCGGCAAAGGAGCAUCCAGCGCAUUGUCGAGUGCUAACGCUGCAGCCAGUUCUGUAUCCAAAGCGGCAUCUGAUUCUGGAAUCACAGGGUUCUUAGGUUCCUUGUCCAAAGCUGUUUCCGGUGCUACAGCGCAGGCAAAAUCUGUCUCUAGUUCAUUAGGAUGGUCCCCCUUGAACAGCAUUGGCUUGUAAACUGUGGUAUAACCAUCAGUCCCCCGAACGAACAUCAACGUUAAAGAACAUCAAUGAAUGUUAUUAAACUUUAAGAAACUUUCAAAAUUUCCACGUGCUCCACAGAUGUCCUAUAUUCGUAGUUCCUCUAGCUUUAAAAGUUCUCCUGUUAACGAUAGUGAUGGUCUGAUGCAAGUUGGAUUAAAUAAAGCUACUGGACAACUACAAA